CGUUGUUGGAAUUUACGUCCAACGGCCUAAAACGGGAGCCGGACUGGUGAUCUGUAACCGCCGUUUGAUAUAAAAGCUGCCCCGUUCAUUAAACUUUAACCGGAGAAAUGUCUCGGAGCGAGAUUUAUUACUCGGACAGGUACAGCGACGACCAGUACGAGUACAGACAUGUAGUUCUACCUCGGGAAAUGGUUAAGUACGUCCCAAGAUCCCACUUGAUGUCAGAAGAUGAGUGGAGACAGCUGGGAGUGCAGCAGUCCCAGGGCUGGAUCCACUACAUGAUACACGAGCCAGAGCCCCACAUCCUGCUGUUUAGAAGACCUCUGUCAAAACGCUGAGCCAGUCCUACCAUCUAUCAUUGGGAAGAUGGGAUGGAGUUGUAUUUAGCACCUAUUACUUUGUUCAGCCAGGAGGAAAACAUCACUCACUUGUGAUGUUAAUCGAGAAGCAAUUUGGACCAGAAUACAUGAAACAAGGCAAUGUGACAGCUAAAAACUACAUGGCCAGUAAUAAAUGUUGUGUAGUUAAUUAUUCUAAUGUGAACUUUCUAGAACAAUUAAAUAAUUUAGCUUCUUUCACAAUUCUGGUUUUCUGUUUACAGUAUGUUUCCCUUUUUUGUUGCAUUUUUUUUAUUUGGACACACGAGGGCGCUAUAACACUGUUUAAAAUGAACAUGGAAAACAUGGCAAAAUCUCCGUCGACUUGCAGACAUGGAUAUUUAUUUUUCUCAGCUGCAUUUUUCCUCAAUGCAUUUUGAUGUGGAAAGCAAAGCCUCGCCAUAAAGUGUUUUCCUCUCAUGGAAUAGUUACCCAUCUGUAAGUCAUUGCUUUAAUAAUCUCCAUCUGUUUUGGCAAUUAGAUUCUAGGAAACAGAGUUCCGCUUUCCAAUGGUUUAAUAGAUUUCCAAGAAAAAAAUCCUUGAGUAAUAGAUCAUUCAGGUGGAAGAAAAUGCUUUUUGUGGAAAAUGCUGAUGUGGCACAAUGUAGUCCUGCAGAGAUGGAACUUGCAGUUGCAUCUAAAUAACUACCAAUAUUUAAAUUUUUUUCAGUGCACGAUUACAAGUGAUUGAUGGUUAAGUACAUCAAGUGUAUCUGAUCAGUAAGCUAAAAAAAAAAAAAA